AACCCUAAACUGAAAAAAUAUCUCACGCCGCUUAUUUGCCUCUCUCUCUCUCUCUCUCUCUCUCUCUCUCUCUCUCUCUCUCUCUCUCUCUCACUCUCUGCAGUUCUCAAAUUCGCCAUGGGUAAAAAAUCCGCCACCAAAGUUGAAGCAGCCCCUGCUGCCAUUAAGGCGACCAAACCUUUGAAGAAAGGUAAGAGAGAGCCUGAGGAUGAUUUGGAAACCAAAGUGAACCUUAAGAAGCAGAAGAAAGACGUGGUUGCUGCUGUUAAGAAGGAGAAAGCUGAGAAGAAGGUGCCCAAGAAGGUGGAGAGCUCUGAUGAGUCUGAUUCCUCUGAGUCUGAGGAAGAGAAGAAGGCUAAGAAAGUUCCUGCCAAGAAGGCUCCAGUGAAGGCUGCUUCAAGCAGUGAUGAUGACGACUCUUCUUCAGAUGAUGAACCCGCACCAAAGAAGGCUACUAACGGAACUGUUGCAAAGAAGGCAAAGGAUGAAUCUUCUUCUGAGGAGGAAUCUUCAGAUGAGGAAGAAGUUGCUGUUACCAAGAAACCUGCUACAGCUAAGCCAGCUUCGAAGGAUUCUUCAUCCUCUGAGGAGGAUUCAGAAGAUGAAUCCGAGGAUGAGAAGGUGAAACCUGUUGCUAAGAAGGCAGCUCCUGUUGCUACCAAGGCUGCAAGUUCAGAUUCGUCUGAGGAAGAUUCUGAUGAGGAAAGUGAAGAUGAAAAACCUGCACAAAAGGCUAAAGAAGGUACCAAGAAGGCUGAAAAGGAUAGCAGUAGCGAUGACUCUGGCUCUGAGGAGUCUGAGAGUGAGGAUGAGAAAGAAACCCCAAAGAAGAAGAGCUCUGAUGUAGAAAUGGUGGAUGCUGAGAAGCAACAGGCUAAGAAAGUUCCUGCCAAGAAGGCUCCAGUGAAGGCUGCUUCAAGCAGUGAUGAUGACGACUCUUCUUCAGAUGAUGAACCCACACCAAAGAAGGCUACUAACGGAACUGUUGCGAAGAAGGCAAAAGAUGAAUCUUCUUCUGAGGAGGAAUCUUCAGAUGAGGAAGAAGUUGCUGCUACCAAGAAACCUGCUGCAGCUAAGCCAGCUGCGAAGGAUUCUUCAUCCUCUGAGGAGGAUUCAGAAGAUGAAUCCGAGGAUGAGAAGGUGAAGCCUGUUGCUAAGAAGGCAGCUCCUGUUGCUACCAAGGCUGCAAGCAGUUCAGAGUCGUCUGAGGAAGAUUCUGAUGAGGAAAGUGAAGAUGAAAAACCUGCACCAAAGGCUAAAGAAGGUACCAAGAAGGCUGAAAAGGAUAGCAGUAGCGAUGACUCUGGCUCUGAGGAGUCUGAGAGUGAGGAUGAGAAAGAAACCCCAAAGAAGAAGAGCUCUGAUGUAGAAAUGGUGGAUGCUGAGAAGCAACAGGCUAAGAAAGUUCCUGCCAAGAAGGCUCCAGUGAAGGCUGCUUCAAGCAGUGAUGAUGACGACUCUUCUUCAGAUGAUGAACCAGCACCAAAGAAGGCUACUAACGGAACUGUUGCAAAGAAGGCAAAGGAUGAAUCUUCUUCUGAGGAGGAAUCUUCAGAUGAGGAAGAAGUUGCUGUUGCCAAGAAACCUGCUGCAGCUAAGCCAGCUGCGAAGGAUUCUUCAUCCUCUGAGGAGGAUUCAGAAGAUGAAUCCGAGGAUGAGAAGGUGAAACCUGUUGCUAAGAAGGCAGCUCCUGUUGCUACCAAGGCUGCAAGCAGUUCAGAGUCGUCUGAGGAAGAUUCUGAUGAGGAAAGUGAAGAUGAAAAACCUGCACAAAAGGCUAAAGAAGGUACCAAGAAGGCUGAAAAGGAUAGCAGUAGCGAUGACUCUGGCUCUGAGGAGUCUGAGAGUGAGGAUGAGAAAGAAACCCCAAAGAAGAAGAGCUCUGAUGUAGAAAUGGUGGAUGCUGAGAAGCAACAGCCAAAGACACCAUCGACUCCUGCUACAGGAGGAUCAAAGACUCUCUUUGUUGCGAAUCUCCCAUUCCAAGUUGAAAGAUCCGAUGUUGAGGAAUUCUUCAAGGAAGCUGGCCAAGUUGUUGAUGUUAGAUUUGCUACGAACAGGGAUGAUGGCAGUUUCAGAGGCUUUGGCCAUGUUGAGUUUGCAAGCGCCGGAGAAGCACAGAAGGCACUUGAGUUUCACGGUAGACCUUUGCUCGGUCGUGAACUUCGUCUUGAUGUUGCUCAAGAGAGGGGUGAAAGACCCGCUUACACUCCACAGAGCGGCACUGGUAAUAACUCCAGGAGCGGUGGUGGUGGAGGCCAAGAGGUUUUCGUGAAGGGGUUUGACUCUUCUCUUGCUCCGAAUGAUAUCAAGAGCGCCUUGACUGAACACUUUGCUUCAUGUGGAGAGAUCACAAGGGUCUCUGUUCCCGUUGACCGUGAAACUGGUGGUUCGAGAGGAAUUGCUUACGUUGAGUUCAAAGAAGGCACAGAGAAGGCGUUUGAACUUAAUGGUAGUGACAUGGGAGGAUGGAACCUCGUCGUUGAUCAGCCUAGACCGAAGGAGAACAACAGUGGUGGUGGAUUCAACAGUGGAAGGAGCAACAGCUUUAGCGGAGGAAGAGAUAAUUUCCGUGGCCGUGGCAGAGGAGGAAGAGAUGGUUUCCGUGGCCGUGGCAGAGGAGGAAGAGACAACGGCCGUGGAAGGCCUAGUUUCACUUCUCAAGCUAAGAAGACUGUCUUCAGCGACGAGUAGAAAGCUUGUAGAAGAUAAUGCUGUUUAUGUUUUUUUUAAAUCUUUAACUUAUGAUACUUCAGCGUCUUUUUAUUGUUUUUGUUUCUUUUUCUCAGAACCUUUGAAUUUUUGGUUUUGAUGUUUAAAUUAAGCUCAGUUUUGAGUACUUUUGGUGUUA